AUGCACUUCUUAAUGUUUGGUUCUGGCUUUCAAACUUGGGAGUAUUCACCAAAGUAUGCGAUCAGAUCCUAUGCAUACUUGCUUUUACACACUCUUCCUGGAAAAGCACAGAUUGGAGUAUUUGAAGCUAAUAAAGUAAAACAAUUUAUUAAUUUACUGACAUGUAUCUUUUGACAGUCAUUAUGUUCUCCUUGUAUAAAGUGUUUGUUGUAAUGGACUACAUUAUACAUAUUACAUGAUAAUUACUGGUAUUGUUUUUCUAAUAAUGGUCAAAUAUCAUUGCUAUCAUUGAAUGAUAAGAAGAAUUUACUUUUAGAAUAUAGUAGAUUCUCCUAAUCAAGGGUAGAUCUGCCUCCCUAUUAAAUGUCUUGCGCUGUCAAAGUUGCAUUGUAUUUUCAGAAGAUGCCUAAUACAAAUUGUACUUACAGUUCUCAAACCUCUUGCAGUAUGAGGUUCUUCAAGGGUGGAUGCAGAAAAUUCAGAAAGGGGUGGCCCGGGACACUUGCCAGCUAAAUCAAUACUAUGUCCACUCAGCCAACCCUUACACGUAAAUGGCCAUGAACCUUUUUCAUGGGCUGUGUAAAAGACAGAUCUUUACAAUUCAUGGAAAAUUUAUUUCCUUGAACCAAGGCCAUGAAAUUGACAAUAAAAUUGCAAAAUUCAUGACCAUGAAAAAAGAUUCAUGAAUUUUUCCUGUUUAAAAACUCAUGUUGGUACUGAGCUAUGGUAUGGUAUUUUAAUAGGGUGCUGCUGUGUUUUUCUUUUAUCGCAGUUGUUGGUGUUUUACUUCCUACGCUUUGUUCUGUCGAUAGUCUGUGCCGCUUGUGAGACCUACUUCUACAGGUACAGCUGUACUUUUAUACCUAACCUCUUAUCAUGCAGAUGGCAGGCACAUGUACAUGUAUAUACAUGUAAUGUCUUGAAUGGUUAUUUUUCUCAGUAGACGACUUAGUUUAGUUCUUACUCUGUCAAUGGCAUGCUUAGCAUCUGGGCAAGUCAUGCAUUAAUUAGCAAUUAAUGAAUGAAGCUGAGUAGGAUAUGAAGAAUUAAGCUGAUCGGGGAGGGUGUUAUCCACCGAGGCAGAAGGCUGUGGUGGAUAACACCCUUCGAGAUGCACAAGCUUGGUGAACGAACCGGGCAAGUGUGGCAAGACAAUAGCCAUAGUGUAUGAACUCACGAAAAGAACUUAGGAGAAACUGUUCGCCGAUUGGGCACAAUAAUACAAAGCAUUUUUUUGUGCCCAAUCAGGAGCUGGCAUCUGCUUGAAUUUUUGGAAAUAGUUCGGUGAGAGUCGGUACCCAUGGGCUCUUCCACCCGUACAUGGAAACUUUUGUCCCGCCUUUUCUCCUGACCCAACUGACUGCCCCUGGGUCUCUGAAGAUGACGAAAGCCGAAUUCAUUAAUUGCUUUAUUAUUCAUUCAAAUAAUUCCUAGUUUAAAAACAUAGCUAAAACAUGCUCACCUGCAUCAAUGUUAAGUUUAUCUUUGAUAGUGUACAUUUAGGUUUGUCCAGCUCCACAAAAUAUUCUCCAAAUAGCAGAUGUCGCCCUCCGAGUUGUCUUCUUGCUGUUUUUGCUAUAGUUUUAGCCUUUAUUUCACCUAGUUCCAGCUGUAGUUCUUACUCUUGAAACGAGUGAAGUGUCUGCCAUUUUAGUUUCACAACGAAACAACUUAACUCAACCUCGUCCCCAGGUCUGCUCAGUUAACGAUGCAUUAACCUGUAGAAGGCUGCAUUUUUGACGCCAUUUCCUCCUUAAACACAGAAUUCUUCCAAAUUUGGUCAUUGUUAACUGGCUAUGGUAAAUAAUGCAUGUGCUUUUAGUCAAUCAGAAUUGGGGAGAUAUUUUGAAUGAAUAAUAAUUUUUGUUUAUAAUUGUUGCACAUUAUACAUCGUGCAAUGUACAUGUACAUGCCAUGCUAGCCAUCACUAUCAGUAAACAUUAUCGACUAUUCUUUAGUUGCAUAGUUUGUUACAAACAUCAGUUUUAACCAUGGGAAGUUUCCAUUUUGAUAGUCAAGUGAUGUUUUUUUUUAUCAGAAAUAAAAAUAAGUUAAGUACUGUAGUGCUGUACAGUAUGUGUAUUAAGUCACUGGUCCCUUGUGGACAUUUUUAGGGGCAUAAUGAGGCAGUUUGGUAACCAUGUGGCAAGAAUUGCAGCUGUCUUUAUGAUUUUUAGCACAGGAAUGUUUAUAUCUGCAGCUGGUAGGUUAUGGUGGAAACCUUGGUUAUGCAUGUAUCUUAUAAAAACUUUCAAAAAUGUACACUACAGAUUAAAAGGUUUUAUUACAUCCACUUUGAAAUCACUGGCUAUCCGUGCAAUCUGAUUGGCUCUCAGCGGUGUGAUUUAUUCCUAAAUCGCACCAUUUUUUGCUCUAAAUCGCAUCUUUACCAAAUCGCGUCAUUCAUGUUCUAAAUCGCAUCAUUUCUGUUUUAAAUUGCACCAUUUUUGUUCUAUAUCGCAUCAUUUCUGUUUGGAAUACGAAAUGAGAUGUAAAAGCCUUUUUGUUUCGGCUUUUUAACAAACCGGCUACUUGAUCAAUAAAUUAUUAGUACUGACUAAAUUCUGCGAUUUCAAAAUGGAAGUAAUAAAGUGGUAAUUGAACUUCGUGUCGUGCAAUUUUGGUCUGAAAUCAUACUUGUGACUUCAAAUCGAACUCGCGCUGCGCGCUCGUUCGAUUUUGAAAUCACGCGUAUGAUUUCAGACCAAAUUGCACUCCACUCAGUUCAAUUACCAUUAUAUAUUUGUUGAUUUUUGAUGCAAUAAAUUCUGUCAGUAGGUGUGGUUUCUGUCCUUAAAAGUUUCUGACCAAUCUAUAGCACAGUUUAAUAACUAUAUCUUCAAACAGUAUUUAUUUAAUAAAAUGAAGGUGUGAAAUAAAGGCUGUAGAUCAAUAAUGAUCAAAUCAAAGGUUCUCCUUUCAUUUCACAAACAUAUGUAAGGCACAGUUGAAGGAGAAUCGAAGUUAUCUAGAGUCACUAAAGCCUUUUUUGCAUGGCACUUAAGCUGCCAAUAUUGUUUCUAAUGAGUUCCAUUUUGUUGACUUUAUCCAUUAUGAAGGCGGUGCCAUGAUUUUUUGCAUGAGUUUUAUUUCGCCUUUUCAUCUUGCAUGAACCCACUAUCUUGUUCAACUGAACUAUGGUACUGUGUUCAUCAUUGUUUUAAAAGAACAUUUAUUCAUUGAGUGACUAUCCAUCGGAAAGGAUGUGUUACAGAAAAAAAAAGUUAAAAAAAACAAAAACGAAACAAAACUGUAUUGUGGGCUGUGUUUGCAUGCAUGUGUUUUGAUUGAAUGUUCUCUCUUGUGUAGUGUUUAUUAACCCUUUAAGCCCCAGUAUCCACAUACAAGUUCUCCAAACUGAUCUCCAUACAUUUCCUUAAAGAAUGCGUUGAGAGAAUUUGAUAAAAGAUCAAGGCAUUUUUUCUUGGGUGAUCACUCUAUUAAUUCUCAUAACUUAUCUGUUGACAGUGUGUGGAUAUUGUUAGGAGAAAAUUGAUCUUGGUCACUAUUGGCACUUAAAGGGUUAAACUGUUCAUGAAGCUGUGAAUUAUUGUUGUUUGUAGCAUUUCUUCCAAGCACAUUUGCAAUGUACAUGGUUCUUCUAUCUUAUGGUGGAUGGUUUGCAGGAAAUUAUGUCGUAAGUCACAUUUCACAUUUCAUCUGCAUAAUGAAUUGAUUCCUUGGUAUUAUUCAUCAUUAGUAAAAUCCAACUAGUGGUGUGUUAUCAAAGCUACAUUCUGAUUGGUUGAGCUUCUACUAGGUUAUGUUAUAGCCCAAUAGCAGCGAAAAGUGCUGACUUUGAAAACUAAAACAAUGGCGGCUGAAUCGCGUUUUGCUAGCUAAAAUUGUUUUGUCUCGAUAUUUUCGACCAACUAGUUGGAUUUUACUAAAACAAUUUAUGGCCUCUGAGGCAAUAGCCCCUUCGGGCUCGACGAUUAAUUGUUAAAUAUUCAGGGCUCAAGAGGCUGCAGUGUACUCACUGAUCCAAUGUAACUUUCCAUGCCUUUGGGUCACUGAAACAACAUCUUAGUACCUGAACAGUACAGGGAACUUUAGAUUAAUAGACUAGAGCUUCAAGCCUAUACACUGUAUUGAUGUCACAGACAGAAGAGUUUUACCAUAAAUCUAAAUGAACUAUGUACAAUAAUUAAUUUCUAAAAAGAAAAGUUUUCAAACGUUGCUUCAAACGUUGAUACAAUUAGGUAAACUGUUCCAGACUUUUGGUACAUAAUAUAAAAAUGAGUGGUAGCCAUAAGUCACGGUAUUAACAGGAGGAACUUGUAAAAGCAACCCAUUAGAUGAGCGGAGUAAAUAAGCCGGUUGAUAUUUGGCAAGUAGUGAAGACAAAUUGUAAGGAGCUAAGUCAUUUAAAAUUUUAAAUGUAGUGAUAAAUGUACUGCUUAAAUAAAACUGUUGAGUAACCUGUCGUGUACCCAGUGUAAAAUACGUGAGCUCUUCUUUUAUAUAAGUUAAUGGUGAUGACAGUCAUUGUCAAUGAAAUGUUAAAGGAGAGUAAUUUCACGCAAGUAGUGUAUGAGCAUUUGAACAAGGUAGUGUUAGUGGUGAAAAAGUCCAUAAGCCCAUAGACCCCUUUUUAAUAAUAAAUUUUACAGUGUACAAAGGCAUUCAGUCAAACCAUAUGUUUCACACACAGAGAGCUGUUAAAUCACUUACUUUUGAGUGGUACUGUACAUGUAGGUCUAUAUAAAAUUAUUGGAUGGAAAUGUAACUUUAAUACAAGAUUGUUGAUGCCAAAAUAUCCAGAAAUUAUAGAAGAAGCCAGUACUUUGAUUUAAGUUCAGUUGAGCUAACAUUUGGAUGCCUAAAAGUUUUGUCAAGGUAAAAAAUUUAUUCUCUGUGCACAAGAACUUACUUGAUAAUUGUAAUAUGAACUCACUGAUGAAUGUGAUUUGAAGUUAUUGUUUUCCUGUUUUAGGUUGCAGUGUUGGCAACAGCUGCGGGAGCCAUUAUUGGUUGGCCAUUUAGUGCAGUUCUUGGGUGGGUAUGCUUGUAUUGGUAAACUUUAGCCAGCAGAGUGUACUACAGUCUACAUAAAAUACUGCAGAUCAGGUUUGUUGCUUCGAGGAGGUGAAUGUACCCAUCAUUCCCAUCAUCUACUGUAGGCUUAACUUGAUUGACACAAUAACAUAACUUGACAUCUUUAUGAUGCAAAUUCUUGAAUUUCUGGGCAGAAUUAUAAGAAAUGUUAUAAAAUUUAUUGAUACAAUCAUUAAAAAUAACACUGUUUUGUUUUUACAGAAAAUCUGCAAAUUUUAUUAAACAUGGCUGUCAAAAUUCAAUUGCCAUGGUAACGUCAAGGAUGACAUGCAAGUCAGGAUAGAUUUUAGGAGAAGUCNGGGGGGGGGGGGGGGGUCUCAAAAACCCCCUAGUCUGAUUAGGGGACUUACUUCACAGCUGUUUGCUUCUCUCCACCGAAAGUAAGUGGAGAGAAACAAAAUUCAAGAAUAGUAAAAAGACCCUUUAACUAACAAUAACAAUUUAUAGCAACAAUAAGCUACGGUUGACUGCCGAUAACUUGAACCUUCUAGGAAAAUAAAAAAAAGUUAGAGUUAUCAGGAGUUGGAAGCAAAUAAUCAGAAAUGAGCAAAUAAGCAAAUUCAUGGGGAGCGAAUGCAAUUAAGGAUGGAUGGACACAGAAUUUGAACUGGAGUGACAAAUACGUAAAGACAAAGAAUUGACAUGGUUGUUUUGAAAUAAAUUCAAUGUCUCGUACUUCAGUACACGGUUUCUUUGGACUUGUCGUGCGCUCAAAACAUGGUUCGAGUUAUUUAACAAUUAAUGAAUGAGGCUGAGUAUCUUAUGAAGAAUUAUGGAGAGCAGAUGUUGCCCUGCAAGUUGUCUUCUUGCUGUUCUUGCCAUGUUUUUAGCUAUUUUUUCGCCUAGUUCUUACUCUUGAAACGAGUGAAAUGUCCGCCAUUUUUCAAGUUCACAACCAAAACAACUCAACCUCGUCCCCAGGUCUUCUAGGUUAACCUGCAAGAACGCUGCAUUUUUGGCGUCAUUUCCUCGUUAAACACAAAAUUCUUCCAAAUUUGGUCAUCAGUAACUGGUUAUGGUGAAUUAAAGGUGUGCUUUUAGCCAAUCAGAAUCGGGGAAAUAUUUUGAAUGAAUAAUAACAAGGGUUAAAUUAUAGAAAUGAUCUGAAGGGAAACAAAAAUUACUUCAAGUUACCAGGAGGUUUGAGCUAGCGAGGGUUCGAGUUAUUGGGAGUCGACUGUACCUCAUACGUUUUAAAAAAUAUUCAUAGUCUAAUAGUUUUGGUAGUCUAAUGUGAGCCAAAAGCAUAAAACUAUGUGCAGUUCGCCAAAACAUUAUAUAUGUCACAUGCAAUCUGAAGUUGUAAAAACUUAAAUCAUAAACUCUUCAUUAUUAAGUAAUCUAUUUCUAAGACAUAAUUAUGUUCAUUGCAGAUUACCCAUUGCCUGGGAUAUCUUGAUCAGACAAACGAAAUAUAUGUAUUUUGUACAGUUAUGUCUCAUAGCACUGAUAGCCAUUUUGGUAAGUUUACAUUCCUGUAAAAGUUUACAUUCCUGUGAAAAUUUGUGACAUUUUUGCUAAUCAGGAGAAUAAUUUUCUUUUCUCAGGGGCCACUAGCCUAUAUAGACUCUCAUUUCUAUGGCAGGACUGUUAUUGCGCCAUUGAAUAUAGUGUUGUACAAUGUGUUUGGUAAAGGAGGUCCAAGUCUUUACGGUAAGAACUCAAUGAUAUCUUUCCUUGGUUAACUUAUUACGAACCAAUUUAAAAGCCAGCUGCACUUGGCUGGCUAACUCAAUUGAUUAAAGCACUGCACUGCUAUUGGAGAGGGGGCGUGUGUUGCCUAGCGUUAACACCUCGAACUCCCGAUCUGGAGGUCUGGGGUUCAAGCCUCGCCCGUCGCGUUGUUUCCUUAGACAAGAAACUUUACUUCACUUUCAGGGGCCCCCAACGGAAUAUAGUUCAAAACCACUUAAACAUAGCAUUGUUAAACGUAUUUUAGUAUUAAGACGGUAGAUAAAGACAUAUUUUUAUCCCCUAAAAAUUUUUCAUCUGUACGGAUUUCCUAGCUGAAAGUCUAGAGAUCUGAAAAUUGUAGGGAUCGAAACUUACCUUUUGGAAAAUUUCAGCCAGAAAUAAGGCUCCCGAAAAUUCUAGGUGGGCUUUUUAGGGUAAAAAUCCGUUAAAAAUGGGCAAUUAUACCAUUUUUUAGAUGUUCGAAAAUCCUAGGAGAGGUAGGCAAGCAAGAAAUUUUAGAAAAAAAUGUUCCGAAAAUUCUAGAUGUCAAAUCGUCUUCCGAAAGGAUAUUUUCCGAAAAUUGACGUUGGGUGCUCCUGUACUUUGUCUCUAUUCACCCAGGUGUAUAAAUUGGUUACCGGGUAACCCUGCAGUGGACUAUUAACAUCCCGUACAGGGGAGAGUAGCAGUACUCCUAAGCAUGCUUCAUGCUAAGGAAACCGGGAUAAGCAUACAGCUGCUUGGUCUUUUGGCUCGUGUGCGCCUGACCUUUACCUUAUUAGUAUUGUAGAGGUCAGGGUUCGAAUCCCGGCAAGCCUGAAUGUUUUUAGGCUUUCUUUUUGUAACUUCUUUAUAUGCGAUGUAUGAUCUUCUUUGCAAUUAAUUCAUUGAUACAUUGUUUAUUAGUUUAAUGAAUUACCAUGACGAAAAUUCCAACUGAUUUCAACUUCUUUUACCCACCCAGUCUACUUACAUUUGACUGGUCACUCUAUAGGAUACAAAAGUUACAUGUAGAACCAUCCUGUACAGUCAGCAUAGCCUGCGAGCAAGCUCUCCAUUUGGAGGAGUCGGGAGAAGUCACGCGAGAGCAGCACGCGAAGGGACACGCGAGUGCGAGGGGGGUGGAAAGAAGGGAGAGCUUUCCUUUCCUCUAUAUCGCGCGUCUUCGCUGCUUGCUCGUGCGUUCUCGCGCGGCUAGCUUCGCUUGCUUGAGAGCCUGCUCGCAGGCUACAGUCAGCAUAGUAAACAGUACUAUAUAUUAUCUUUCAUUUGAUUACUCCUUAGGAUACGUUAUUCUUAUCUGUACCAUGUUGGUGGUUGUAAUGUUUUUUCGUGUUUUUAUUUUACCUCCCAGGUGUAGAACCAUGGACAUUUUACUUCCUAAAUGGUUUUUUAAACUUUAAUAUUGUGUUUCCUAUGGCUCUGCUCGCUCUGCCUGUUUGUGUAAGUACAUGAUAAAUGUUACUGCUAAAUUCAUUUAAAACUUCAAGUCUGCACAGUUACAAAAGCUAAGCCAAUGCAACUUUCCAUUUGAUCCUCUGGUGCCUAGGUCACGCUAAUAAAGGGUCACGCCCAUUUUCUGCAAUCACGUGCUUUGAAAACACGUGACCACAGAGCGCCAUACAUGUACACGUAAUCACACCUUGUUUUGCAGAAAAGAUUGUAUCAAAAUACCGGUUUCCCGUCUCAUAAUGUUAACCUAAGCGAAAAAAACUUUGAUGCAGCAUGUUUGUUAAGAUUUUCCAAGUUUCUGCCAUCAAGGAAAUGGGUAAAUUAGGUAAAGUUGUCAAGUUUUUUCAAAUUCGAGCUUGCGUGUGCGUUCUCUGCAUACAGCAAUUUCGAGAAAGGUUGUUGGAAAAAGUGCACGCGACAAUCCCAAAAUGUCUUGUGGGUGGAAGAAAGAAAUUUGAAAGAAUGGCACGAAGGGCCAUGGACGUAUGUUUGCGAGUGCUAAAUGAAGCGACAAAAGUAGGCUCGACAGCUUGAGUCUCAGGAACAGUGUAUUGAUCAUCUCCCAUAUUACCUUUCGGGACUGUCGCGUGCACAUUUUUCCCAACAACCUUUCAAUUAAAAAGGAAAGUUUGUCUCAGAUUAUUUAACUGUGCUUGUCUCUUCAAAAUAUGUUUGUUUAUGAAACAAGAUACUUUGCUCUUCGCACAUCCCAAUGUCCUUUUCCAGCGAAGUGACGUGGCUCAUUAAAUAUAUUCAGAGAAAAAGCGCGACAAUCCCGUGCAGAUAGCCAGCCGGAGGAAUAUAAUCGUGAACGCGUUGUUCAUCAGCCUCACCUUAAAUCAAGGCCUGAAAAAGACUUAGGACUUAAGGGGUGGGGAGGGGAGGGGAGGGGUAGGCGUAGAACAUUGGAAAAUUGUGCGCACUUCUGGAAAAAUCCUGGCUACGCCCCUGGUACAAGAGUUAAGCCAUGGGUAGGUGCUUUAAUCCUUGUUUCCAUAUAAUCGUUUAGAUUGUUUCAAGUCCGGAGUCGUCUCAAAAUGUGUUCAGACGAUGAGGAGAAUCAUAUUGAAACACCUCCGAUGCUAUGUGGGACGAUCCUUGGGCUCAGUUGUUCAAAGACCAAUUAGCGCUAAUCUGGGGCAGAAUUUUAAUCUGGGUUUCUUUUUCUCUGGUUUAAACGCAUUCUGUCGGAGUGGUUUCUCCAAUUCUUUGUAGAGCAUCCAUUGAACAAUAUGUACACAAAAAUAAUUAAUACUUAAAGGUAAUUUGCUUUUAAAGCUUUCAUAUCGCACUUACCCUCGGUUAUCAUAACAGCUUUGAACAACCCAGCCCAGGAUAUGACUGAAGUCUAGAUACUGAAUGGUUCUCAUACAAUCAUUUUGAUUGUCUCGAUCGACCCAGCCAUGCCAAAAACUUAAUCGAGUAAUGUGCGAAAACUUUCAGACGUUUAAAAUGUCGCCUAGUAACUUAAAAGUUAAUACUGUAUUAUGUUUUUUUGCAACAGGCUUUUGUCAAGUUUAUAAUUGCGCAAACGCAGGAAAAGAAGUGUAAGUGAUUAACAAAGAUAUAAAAAGCGUUGUGGGUAACGUACAAAGGCAAACCUAUAGCCUGCCACUAACCUGCGAACAAGCUCUCCAUUUCGAGCAAACCAGGACAACGCGGGAGCGAGCGGCCCCACCUCUUGCUCCACGCGCGUGUCUUCUCCCAAUAUUUCUCACAUAGGGAGCUUGGUCAUAGGCUACCAGACCUGUUACAUGGGUGCCAUCCAAGUCUGUAAGACAGAGGUAAAGGAGUUGGUUUCUAAGAAAUCGGUGGUACUGUGCCCGUGGGGUAGUGUAAAACAGAAAUUUGACGGUAGAAUUCGGUUACCAUACCGUCAAAUCAUCUCUCCCCCAGCCAUCUUCGAUCCUUCUUUUCCUGCUUGAGCACCUCACUCGUCUCCAGUACCCUCGCAUUGAUACCACUCUUCCUGCUUUGGUUCGAAAUAGCCUGUAGAGGAGCGGUCAGGCAAGUGUAGAUGGGGAAUCACUGAAUGACGUCAUUCAAACGAUUGAAAACAUACUGAGUAAUACCCACAUCGCAGCACAGUAGGUAACUGUAAUGUUUGUUAGCAACACCUCGGACCACCCUGAAAUCCCGGGAAAAAAGCAGACUAUGGUCGUAAGGCGGGGUUUCACUUUAUCGGAUGUUUUGUUAAAUAAAUUAGCCACCGUACAUCGGUUCAGUAGUUCCAAUCCCUCGUCAUAGCAAGUCAAAGGUCUUCGGCGUAAGCGUUGUGUAUUCACUUCAUUGAAAAACAAAAAAACACGCUUCCUAGUUGCAAACAUGAACGAUAAACUAUGCAAAAUCGAUAUGCAUUAGGAAGUGUACCCUGGUUAUUAUACAAAUAAGACUAUUAAAGAAGUUACACGUGUUUUCCUUUAUCCCUCCACUCGAGUCCCCGAUAGUGACAAGACUGGCGUUCCAUCCUCCCCCCCCCCCCCCCCCACAAAAAAAAACCAAAACAACAAAGGGGCACCCCCUCCCCUUUUCACUGUCCCUUGGUUCAAACUCUCGACCCGCCGGUGUGGCCCCACUGUCUUCUGUUAAUAACAAGAGAAAAACAGUAAAAAAUGGUGUAAUUUGGAAGAAGAACCCGUGUAUUUUAAAAACAAAAAAAUUUUAAAAAUAACUUUAGUGUUACUUCUUACCCCACCCACCAUACACCCCAUUAUAAAAAAAUGCUGUAUCCCCCGCCCCCCCCCCCCCCCAAAAAGAAAAUACCAAGAAAGACAGGGUGAUCCUCCUUGUUUCUACUUUCGGCUGGUCUUAAACUUGUCCCAGGACAGAGUGAUCCCCAUACCUUAUUACUAUAUCAUCGAUAACAAUCAUAUUUGUUUUCAAGUCAUUAAACUCGAAUUAAGCUUCAGUCGUAAUCAAAAAUGUUCCUUGCACUUAGUUGUUAUUCUUCUAUCCCCCCUCCCCCCUCCUCCUCCUCCACAGAACACAGAUGAGUCUAUCUUGCCCUCCUGGGGUUGCCCGCAAGUAAAGAUUUUGUUUUGCCCGUGCAAAAAAUCCUUUAUUUGCCAAUGUUGUUCAAUCAAGCUGGCAGAAUAUUGGCUCUGUUCCCUCAAAUUCAUCUUGGUCCAUAAAAACGCACGCCAGCUAUCUUGGCCUGGCGCUUGGUUAAUAAAAAAUAUGAAUUUCCUUAAAAUAACGUGACUAGCCUUCUUUGUUUUAUCAUCUUUCUCUGUUUAGUCCCCUCUUCAGUAUUACCAAUCUGGUUAGCAUUAUCUGGAAUGUACAUCUGGAUUUUAAUAUUCUUUACCCGACCUCAUAAGGUAAGAAAAAAAAACUAUUUUACAGCUUCGAGAAAACUGUCAUGUACAUCCAUAUCUAGAUCUAUAAGGUGGGAGAUUCUUGCCAGGAGAGUUCGAAGCUGCCAUAAAAAUAAAUGAGCCAAACUUGAGUGAAGGGAUACUAAGGCGUUCCUUUGCCGAAUGAACCCCCACCAAAUUCUGAUCUGUUAAAAAACAAACUAGCUGUUGGGUGACCUGUUGCGACCUGUUGAAAUAUCACGUACAAAUCAUGCUAUUAUUUGUUCAUACUACUAACCGCAAAAGGUUUGUAAUUUUCACAUGUAGGUAUUUCAAAUUAAGCUGAAAUACCACUGCUCUAAGCCAAUCAAUUUGCAGAAAUUUCUCAUGUAGUAGUAUACUAAUUUUUCUGGUAGGAAAAGUAAAAGAAAGCUACCAGUCGUCCUCGUCUUUGAAUCUAGAGGGGUUCUCUAUUAUUGGUGAGAGCUGGAUAACGACUGAUGGGAAUAGGAAGACAAAUUUGAAGCUUUCUGGCUGUGUUAAAAACAAAAGGUUAAUACAAUAAUGUAUUGCUAAGUAAUGACACAAGUUUAUUUUAAUUGAUUUAUUUUGUGUUAUAUUUCUGGCCUAGGAGGAGAGAUUUUUAUUUCCUAUUUAUCCCUUCGUCUGUGCGUAUGGCGCUGUGACACUCACAGAAACACAAGUACGUUAAUUGUUAUUGUUCCAUUCCUGUUGACUUUAUAAUGUUUUUAUCUGUCGCGAAAGUAAGCUCUGUCGGUAGAGCGCUGGUGUUACACGCCGAAUUGCAUCAUGGCACUGUUUUGGGGACGCCGCUUUUAUUGGCUAUUACAAGAUUGCGCGGGAAGCUGGACCAAAAUUCGUUCCCUUAAACAAUUCCACAGUCUAUCUUAUUCGACGACACAACACCGACUCAGUGUAUGGGCAAGUUCAAAAUGGACAAUCAGCACUUUUUAUAGUUAUUUUUGUGUUGAAACUGAAACUGAAACACGUAAGAGAAGCGAUAAUUCUGAAGGCCAGAUGCAAAAUACAAGGAGAUUCUUUUACACUCCAGUCAUUGCUUGUCAUUAUAUCAAUUUAUUUCUUUCUAGUCAAAAGAAAUUUUGCAAAAAAGGGAUAAUUGUUGUCAUCGGCAAUGCUACGCAACAUGAAGGUGAAGUCAGAGAAAUAAGCGUGACCAGUUGUGUCGAAAAGUAUAUUUUUCUCGAUGUCAGAUGUCAGUCUUUCUUCGACGCUAGUCAUCAGCGUGCUAUAUGAGGUGAAGGUGAAGCGUAACUUGUUGCGCCAGAUAGAUAAGCAUCAUCUUGUAAGUCGAAAGUUUUUUUCUUCGAUGUAAGAAAUCACGCUCUAUUUUCUUCGACAAAGCAGGCUGCAUUUCAUGCUUAUAUGAAAUAGCAAGCCGAUAAAAUCGCAAGUGAAAACAGACAUAACAAAAACUGUGAUAGCGUUCUCCCUCUGGAGAGCUAUUUUUUGUAUCUGUGACUUUUUAAAACUUUCAUACUGUUUUCUUAAUUUUAACUCUUAUACUGUUUUUUUUUUUCGCAGAAACUUUUUCAUUUCCUGUUCUUCAGUAACAUGAGGCAGCAUUACGCCGCCUCUUCAACCUGGUUUGCAGUUUUCGUCAGCGUUCUUUUUUCUUUGUUGUCUCUUUCGCGAUCUAGCGCUCUUUAUUAUGGUUAGUAUUAACUCUCUUUUGCAAGGUUCAUUGAAUAGCUUUAAUAAGUUCCGUUAUGAGAGAAAAAAAGAAAAGAAGUACAGAUUAAACAAUAGUACAAUGUGAAGGUAAUGCAUAGAAAGAUUCUUCUGAGUGGUCACUUCCAGAUAGAAUUUCAUCCACAGAGCUAAAAAGUAGAAUCAUAUUGCACACAACAACGAAAACUACAACGGGACAUUAAAGCUGAAUGUACUGGACAGUAGUUUACAUUUGAUUUGCCAUGCUAGAGUCAAAAGUAAAACCUCUAUGAUUAACAGUACGAUAGAAAAGUACUAUUCGGUAACACCUUAGGAUUUUGUUCUUGUGCUCAAAAAUCAGAGCCAACUUGAACAGCAUAACAAACAUUUCCACGGGAGAGUAUUGCUGGAUAGCCAUCAUUUGAUUGGUCACACCAAAGAAUUCCGUCCCCGUACUCAAAAGUAGAACCGCCUGAUUUGCUCUCUCUUGAAUGGUCACACUUUAGGAUUUCCUCCUGGAUCACACUCCUAGUUUAGACCUUUCUUAUACUGCAUAAAAAAACAUUUCUACCGGAAAGUACUUCGAGUUCGUAAUUUUCUGCGUAUUUACUAGCUACAUAAUGAACUCAAAUUUUCCCACAGUGCAUCCGGCCCCUCCCGUUCAUUUAUACAGACAGCGCAUUCGCCUGUUUUCCCUGAAAAUCAGUCAUGUCAGUCUUGGACCCUUCAUCAAAACAUAUCGGUAGUAUAUUAAACAUCAAAUUGUGACCAAACAAUUACCUUAUAGGACGAAGCAGGUAUUCAACCUACGUGCUCUGUGCCAAACUUUGGUAGCUUUUUGGUAGAUCCGAGCCGUGUCUUAAUGGUGUAUAACCGCCUAAUGUUCUGUGCGAACCUCGUUCCAAGGGUUAAGAGAAAAUCCUGAAAUCGAGGCCCGUUUGUUUGCCUGCGUUGACGUGCGCUUUCCCCUCUCAGCCACCGUUUUAUUGGCGUAAGAGAUAUAUUUAGUUUUUUCUUAACGUGUAAGUUUAUUUGAGGUGAUUCCGAUUUGUCAACUCUUGGUGGGUGUAAAACAUGCUUCUAACUGUUUGCUGUUGCUUCCUUUGUUACGUUCAUUUAGAACUCGUCGCUUUGCAACGUACAGAAGUGUUAGAGAGUUGAAUAACGUGAACGAACGAGAACCUUGAUAUCCUGAAUGAACGAAAUUAACGCACUCGUGUUUUCCUUCAGUUCUUGGCACUAAGGAUAUUCUGUAUGGCUAGCUUGAACUGAAGAAAUUAACGCGACUUGAAUUUUGUGGAGAAUUAAUUUCCUAACAUAAAGAGUAAUUUAAGUGAAUCUUUUCUGUUAAAAGAGACUAAAUGUUAGUUUAUUUUCCUAGGUUACCAUGCUCCACUGGACUUGUAUGUAGAGCUGAACCACAUGUCAUCAACAUUAGAACAUCCCUUCCCUGCUAACAAGCGAAUUAACUUGUGUGUUGGCAAGGAAUGGUACCGAUAUCCAAGCAGCUUCUUUUUACCCUCAGAAAGGUAAUACUUAAAGUUUAAGUUAAAAUAUGCUUCUCUCUGGCAUCAUUUUUUGGGAAACGUGAAGAAAGGAUGGGACAAAGUGAUACUUACCCUGAAUGCCAGAGGUUUUUCAUACGCGGUUUCUGGUUUCGGUUAAGUCUUUCGUGUCUUCGGCCUUCGGCCGAAAACGUUUCUGCUUGCAGUCGACGAAGCUCCUCGUCGCACGCGGGAAAAACCACUGGUACACAUGGUAAGAGAUACCAGGUAAGGAGUAUAAUCCCAAGCAACAGUUAAUCUUGAAUAAGCAUUGCCUUCAAUCUCUUUGGUGACGACUGUAAUACUUAAGACAAACUGGAAACAAUAGUUAUGAAAAAUGCUGGGAGGCAAAGAAGGUUUAUCAAAAUAAAUUCCAUAAAAUAGCGACUUAGUUAAGGCAAUAGUCUUUUGAUGUGUUUGCCGUAUAUUCGAAGAAUGAACCCGUCAUCUUUAUUUGGAUCGAGUUAAGACCAUUACGUUACUAAGGCUCUUUGUUGUCGGAAGUUGUAAAGGAACAUUUAUAUAACAAGGUUAUUUUAUUUUGUACCUUUGUGUGUCAGUGUGGAUGACGAAAUCAUGUUAAAUGCCGUAUAAAUUCCCAAACAGUGAAGUGACGACUUUGCGACGCGCGCCCGAGUCUCUUUCCCAGGUUUCUCUCUCUUCCUCCCUGGGAACGAGUUGACACGUUUAAACGAGUUCAUAUGAACUCCUAGGUGCUUCGAGGGUAAACAAGCAAUUUACCUUUUUUUUUUUUUUUACAACGAGGUUGCUCGUGCUCAAACAGACCACCCAGGCUCCUUGACCCUUAAAAUGUAAUUUAAUUUCGUUUGUUUUAUAUUAUUCCCCUUAGCUGUGGAGCCACGCAUUAUUUCACCUAAUCCAGUUUGGACCAAGAAUGUGCUUAAACGCCUUUAAUUACUGCGCGAGUCACAAAAUCGUGAACCUUUGAUUCAGUUUUGAUAUUUAAAAUCGCAAUAACGUUAAACAGGAGUUUAUCACAUAGACUCCUGCGUUAAAGGAAAACAAACCUCAGUCAAAACCACGAACUAAUUUUCUCACGCCCGAUUGGCUUUUUUCUUGCAUCACAUUAAUUUUUCAGAAAUAUUUCCAGCGUUCACGGUUUAAUGAGUUUCUUGGUGAAAGAUGCGGUUACGGAGCUAACUCUCUUUGAAGGACAUUUUGUAGGGAAAUUAGCACAAUUUGAAAUGAGCACCAUGAGUAUUUACAGUAAUGUGUGAAGCAGUGGUUUUAAGUAUUUAAAAUUGUUUGUUUGUUGUUGUUUUUUUGCGUAAUGAUAAGUUCAUAGUUUUAUUAUUAAUGAUUCAUAGUCCAAGGUUCUUCAAGGUUUAGCCCUCACUCAUAGUUCCUGCUUUUUCGAGUAGUGUUGUCUGUUUCUCGGAUUUGUUUAACUUGAAUGUCGAUCCUUAAAGUAGGCUUUCUUGACAAUUAAAGCUGACCUUGGGUUUUACCAACGCAAGGAUUCGUGUUUUGGAUGUCUAGUCCUGCCAUGCAGUUUCACCUCUAGCAUUUUAUUGGUUCUAAAGUACUUGCCAUUAACGACUACGCAGGUAUAUUGUUCCUUGAUUUGUUAAGCUACAGGAUAUAGAGUAGCAUGCUCUCAUAGUCAGCUAACCCAAACAUGUCUGCAAUUUAGCUACGUGUGUUUAGUUCGUUAUUAAUUGGCUUGGUAGCAGAGCUAAAGUAGUAGCUUUGAAGACAUCCGUUUCCAGAAGAAUAAAAGUAACCAUUGUACUGACUCUUGUAGAUUUCCUUAGCAAGAGCUCUUAAAUGGUGAAGAACAGUUUUGAAGACAUCUUUAACUAUCAGGGGGGGGGGGGGGGUAAACAUUGAAAAACUUUUGUUUUUGAAUUUUUUAUUUAGAAAAAAAAAAAGGAAAAGGAUAUGAAGGGUGUUAAUUUUUUUUUAUUGUUUGUGGUGUCGCAAAAAUAUAUUAUUGUGUAUCAAAAAUCUCUUUUAAAAAAAAAAAAAAAAAUUUUUUGUUUGUCUUUUUUUUUUAUUUUGUGAAAAGGAGUUUUUAGUGGAGAAAAUAGAUUUUUAAAACAUUUUUAUUGGUGGGGGGGGGGGGGGGGGGGUAAACAUUGAACAACUUUUGAUUAUGAACUUUUUAUUUAGAAACAAAAUAAGGAAUAAGUGAUGUAGGGUGUUAAUUUAUGAAGAUGACCUGACGUAAAGAGAAAAUGGAAGUGGGUUAGCGAAGCGUCAAGUUAUUGCGAGUUUUGAGUUACCGAAGAUUCAAGCCGCAGAAAGUCAACCGUACCCUCUGUUUAUUUAUAUUUUUUUGCUCCAAAUUUUGUCGCCAACAGAAAGAAGAAGUCGUUACGUCACGUUGCCAUGGUAGCAAAAUUUUUGGAUGACAACAAACCGAUAAAUUCACUUAAAAGUCUAUUCGCACUAUUUCAAACUUUACCGAUCUUAUUCAAUUUCAUUUAAUUUGAUAAAUUUUGGUGAAAUUUUCUUUGGGACCGUAUCUAUCGUUAUCUAAGUUUAGAAAAAGAAAGCGACAAUUUUUGUGUUGUGUUGACCUACUCCAUAAAGCGGGCUCGUGAAAUUAGUAAGUUUCACGUCGUAGUGGUGCAACGACGGCAAAGAAAUGUACAAAAAAGCGUGACGCACGUGCAAAGUUGUUGUUUGUUAACAUAAACAUAUUAUUUUUUGCCGUUCUCCUUGCCGUCGCCGUCGUCUUUGAUUUUGUUGUCAUCCAGAACUACUGCUACCAUGGUAAGAUGACAUCACACUUCUCAUGUCUAUUACCAGAGCUUCAUACUGAUUACCACGUUUUAUAUGAUUUAUGCUAGGUGGUACCUCCAAUUUAUUCGCUCCGAAUUCCGUGGCCAGUUGCCAAAGCCUUACAACAACGCACCUAACGCCACUAAAAUAAUCCCGACGCAGAUGAACGACAUGAACGAAGAAGAGCCCUCAAGAUAUGUAAGUAAAGGUGUGAUAAGUGAGUUAUUGGUCACGGUAAGUUAGUGGUGGUAGUAACUGCAUGCGUAAGUAAGUGGUCGAAGUGUUGGUGGCGAUAAUAUGUGAUGAUUAUGAUGACGAUGAUGAUGAUGAUGAUGAUGAUGAUGGCGGCGGUGUUGGAAUGUUUUAGGGAUUAUGCUUGACGAAAAAGUAAAAUCAAACGAAAAGAAAGCUUUGGAGAAAAAAAUGAGUGCAAAAGAAAGACCAGGUUUGAAUUCUUAUGGCGCACUUGUUUGUGCAACGUUGAUUUCUCCCUCUGUAUGUUGUUUUUAAAAGGUGUAGGCGCGCUGUUUUUAAAAGGUGUAAUUUAUCCGUUGUCGUCAUGCAUUGAUACCUGAGAAGAAAAAGAAUGAAUAUCAAGGUUUCUAAUGCCCUGAUUUUUAACAACUUUUCCUCAUUGUUGCCCUAAGAAAUGUGAGGGGAAAUGUUACGAGAAUAAGCUUUUUCAUCUUCAGCCAUUGAUCUUCAGUCUCAACAUUUGAUGAUUAACAAAGUUGCAGUGACUGUUCAACAAAUUUUCGACAAAGGUUUUAUGCUAUGUAGAGUUAUAAAAUAGACCAUUUUUAAAUGUUAAAACAUUUCGAACGUUGUUGAAUAAUUACAAGAGAGGUGGUCUCUAUUCCGUUGAACAAGUUUAUUUUUCUAACUGCCUGGUGUAAUACUACAACACGGGACAAAAGUCCUUGGGACAUUAAUGCAUUAUUCAUAAUUUUCUGUAAUUUCUUGGCGUCUUCAUAAAACAGUGCACCUUUUCGUAAUUUUCUUGCAGUUCUCCCUCUCCCCACCCUACACGCGUCCAACGGUGCUUGUGGAAUGGGGGAAGGGUUGGGCAUAUGUGAACUGAAAAAAGCCCCACAAAUGCAAAAGUGUCCUAAGACUUGUCCAUGGUUGUAGUGUUAUCAUUGAAAGCGAGUCUCAUGGGGCUCUUUGUUCUUUUUAAGAUUUCUGUUACAAAGUGCGAUUUCCUUGUGGAUCUAGAGACAGGCAGAGAAACUGAAAGAGAACCAGACUUCGCCAAACGAACAAAAGAGUGGGAGGUUCUACUAAAAAAGCCGUUUCUGGACGCUGAGAGGUUAGUAAUGUGACAUGUUCUUUAAACCCGUGAGUUUUUAAGGUUUACGUUGUGGAGAACAUGAAGAUAGAAGUGCAAAGCUUUGUCUUUUCAAGUCUGUUUUAGACGCAGAAUCUAACCAAACCUCUCCUCACAUACCAUUUUAUUAUCGCUACUCCUACCCUCAGGAACUCCUCUUCACAAGGAAACGUUUGCCCUUUUUGCUUGAGUGUUCUGGUGACCAGUUAAUCCCUUUCCCCACCCUUAUCAAAGAGUUUACCCUUUCUCCCCUCCCAUAAGGUUCUCUUUUGGGAUCAAUUUAGAUUUCUGGGAAAAUGCCCACCUACCCCUCCCCUAAGCCAACAUUAACGCUUACUUCUCGUUUGGGGCAAAAUGUUGGCUUAGGGGAGGGGUAGGUGCGCAGUUUUCCUGAAACCUAAAUUGAUCCCCCUUUUGUUCUAGAAUUUUGAAAGACUGUUUGUUGUGUUUUCAGAUCUCACCGUGUCUUCAGGGCAUUUUAUAUCCCGUUCGUUUCCUACCGCCACACAACGUAUUUAAACUACGUCUUACUAAGAUCACUGCGCAAGACGAGCGCAAAGUCAAAGAAAGGAAAAGAUAAAGAGGAAAGUGCAAGUUAACGAAAAAGAAAAUCAUAGUAACCGAACUUUAGGAAUGGAUGAUUGAAAAAAAUUGUACAGUACUAUGUUUAGACGCGAGAGAGUUGAAAAAAUCAGAGAAAUCUGCUGCUGUUUGUAUUUUUGCCGUGGUAAAUUGGUUUAAUCUAGUUUACAAGACUUGGGUCGCUUUCCGUUCAGCCCAAUAUUCCCGAAAUUUCGGUGUAAAAUCAAUUGUUACGUACCAUUUCAGGUUAGUCCGACCGCCUGGAAUAUUUGAGAGCACCUAUGAAAGGUCUUCUUUCACCGGUCAGGCCGAAAUUCUCCUUCCAUUUGAAAAAUUAUUGUCCCAGUAACACUCUUCUGUACCCCUCUUAUAAGGACAAUAAUCAAACGCGCGGUGGCUUGGGUCGUGUCUGUGCAACGGGAAUUUACCGUUCCACUGGGCACGUGGGAUUUUCUGAAAUUCAAACCGAAAUUUUUCUUGAAUGAAAAGCGCCCCAAUUUUUUUCUCCCUUCCUCCCUCCCUUUCAUUUGAAACCAACUCUUUCACUUGAAGGAUUAACAGUGCGACCGGAAACCACUGCUAAGUAACUUUCAGGUAACACUUAUCCGUUAGUUAGAACUACGUUGUACAGAGUAAUAAAGACAGCUACCGGAAAGUACUGCUCUGAAUGGUUACACGCAGCUUGAAAAGCUAGAAGCACCUUGCGCAUUCACUGUGGAUUUCGUUUGAAUGGUCACGAUUUAGAAUUAAUCCACAGAAUCUAAUGACAGGAUAACUUAUAACAUUAACAUAAACAACGAAAACAACAAUAACGUCGUAAAGUACAAAAGUUUAUCAGAGGCACCUUUUCAAAUAUGAUUGAGUACCAACGCAGUUUUUGUCUUUAAUAUGUUCAUUCUGUAGCUAUAACUCUUUUCAUAUUUUCGUCAUAUAUAAUAUAUUAUUAUGCAGUCGCA